GCAUCGAAUGGUAUAUUACACUAGACUAAAUACUGUAUAGUUGCGGAGAAAUUUUGAUUUUACCGUAACACUGAUAGUGUAACGGAGGUGUUUCUGUGCGAGUAGAUUUGAUCGUAUACAUCCAAGCGGAAUCGUCCGAUACAGUCGAAAGCACUAAAUAAGAUAAGUUUGAUGAAUUCUGGAUACUUUGAGGCAAUAAAAUAACAAUAAUUUAGUGGGCCGAUUUCAAGUCUUAUGCGGACCACUCCUUUAGAAAAACUAUAUUUCAUAUUUAUCUUUAUCACUAGAAAAUUCUCACUAUUAUAAUAGUUUCAAAUUGACUUUUCAGAAAUAAAUUUCAUACGAAUAAGUAUCGAAUCGGUGGGACUGUCUACAAAUUAUUACCGUUCUUCAUAUUUUUCUUUUGCUUCACGUCUUUGUUCACGAGGAAAUGGGAUACCAAAAAUACGUUUGUCUAAAAAUUGAUCUGCUUCGUCUUGAGCUAAAAAUUAAAAAAAAAUGAAUUAUAAUCGUUAAUAGUAUACUACCAUCAAUUCUAUUCUAUACAUACGAAACUCGUCGGUGUCAUCGUCAAUAUAUGUCAGAUGCACAAAACCGAACAAAAGCGUGACACAAGCCAAAAUGAAAAUAAUUUUGUUCAUCUUAAAUGUCGAAGAAAUGUUUCACUUUUAAGCAUCGAAAAAGUAAAUUUUUUCACUUUAAAUUCUCUAUUUCUCGUUUAAGUUCAUGUUGCAUGAAAAACAUACUUAAAUAACUAGCUAAUCCAAGAAUACAUUUUAAAGAAUUAAAAAAGUAAAAGUUUUUGGCGUUUUUUUCACAUAGAUAUCUUUUGAAAUUUGUUCAAUGACUUCAUAUUAUUUCAUAUUAUACAGAGACAUACGGAAAAAUUAGGAAAUCUAAAACGUACAAAAAGCCUAUUACGUACGAUGAUUAUGUUUCGUCGAGAUAUCUGUUACUGUAUUACUGUACGCAAAAUAUUCUUUUAGAUAUAACAAAAAACAGAACAAAAUGUUGCAGAUAUUUUGUUAUUAUGAUAGAUAAUAAGUUUUGGUCCAUUUUUCUUUCGUUUUUUUUCUGUUGUAUCAUAGGAAAAUAUGCCUGUCAGCACAGUUCUAAUGAUUAAUCAUUAUACUCAAAUUGUUUACUUCAAGAUGAUUCACACAGUAUAAUUCUUUAUGGUCCGCAAACUUGUUAGCAAUUGAAUUACUUAAUCAAAAAUGAUUAUAUAUUUUUAGUGCUGAAAGCUGUUUCAUAAUACAAUGAUAAAGAAUAUUAUAACAACUAAUUAAUAGUUUUUUCGAAGAUAUGCACCGAACUCUCAGCAAAAGAAAAAAGUAAAAUCUUAUCAAAAACGAUAAUUGGUUAGUAUCAAUCAUCAAGGAUUAGAAGAGAGAGGGGGGGGGAUGGGAAAGAAACUAACUGCUGAAGAAAAAUAGUAGCAAACAAAAAAAUACUAGUAAUAAUACCAUCACGUUUUAUACGAGUAUAUACCAAAAAAGAUUAAAGAACGUCCAUAAUUGAGAUAUCAAGAUAUUGUUAAACGAUAUUAAAGUAUCAUCAAGAAUUUAAAGGGUAAAUUUGUUUUUAAAUAUUUAGUAAAGUAACUUUGAGAAUUAAACAGUUCCUUCUUGCAUUAAAAGAUAAAACUUGUUUUUCAUGAAAAAUUGUCUUCCUUUUUGAAUAAUUUGUUCAAUUAGUAUUAAAAGAACAUGGAAUAUAUUUUCUCUCUUUUCCAUACAAUUUAAAAUUUUUUUAUUUUCUUUUUUAUUAUGCUAUGUUUAGAUGAAACCAAUUUAUCUGUUAACUUUAUUUUUAUUCGGUUUAUUGUUUAUUGUUCGUGGUGAAGACGAUGCAGAAUUCGAAGAAGACCGAAAUCAAGCACUCUUAUUUAUAAAACGUGUUUAUAAACCUUUCAAAACAAAAUGUGAAGAGAAAAAACGAGAAGCAAAAUCAGCGUAUGAAUCGAAAUGUGAGUCAAAAUCGUGGAUACCAGGUGCUAGAAAAAAUACAGAUAAACGAUCUUGUCCAGAUUUAAAAGACUGGCCAGCAUUCAAAACAUGGGAAGUUGUUUAA